UAUAAUCAGGACUGUCGUCUUCAAUUCUGGGAAUUAAAGGAACGGAUUAGUUCUGUUGUCUAAAACAAGUCUUUCUGUUUUCAAGUUUUCUUGCUAUGGCGCAAGACGUCGCCGCCGAAAAUGUACAUUUACAGCAGGAAGGAGGUGCCGAAGACGUUAACAGUCCUCUGCGAGAUAUUUUGGAGAGAGAAGACGAGAAUGAUAGAAAACCAGAGAACAAUCUUGCAAACCAAUUACUCCGUGCCCUCGGGGAAAACGAUGCUUUCGCCGAAUGUUGGAAACUUCUGGAAAGGAACCAUGCUAUGGUCAGGCUGGAACACGAAAACUUCCGAAAUGACUGCAAGGAAGCCAAAAAGAAAGAGCGGCAGAGGGAAGGGAGAUUUCGGUGCGACUGUCGGGAUUGCUGCACGAAAAUGUUUAACUUUUGUCCCAACAAGUGCAAACCUCGUUGUUGUUCGAACUCUUCGAAAGAGUCUAACGACGAGCAACAAAGCUCCGAACCGCAAGGAUCAGAAAUUGAGAGCAUAAACGAUGAAACGAAACUUAACUGGAUCAAAAUUCAUUCUAACCCUCUGUUCAUUGGUUUAGAAUGGCUAUGGAGAACAAAAUCUAACUGUCCGUGUACAUUUUGCGAGAAAGAUAGGAAAUUGGUUGGAAAAGAAAAGGAAAAGAAGGAGGAUGUCAUAGAAAGUUCUCUACAUGAUGCAUAUCUACUCGAUGAAGCGUCGUCUCUGAAGCACUACAAUAGCCGAGAUGUUUACAGAAAAUCGGCGGAGGCUUACGAAACGUUUGCUGCUGGCGUGCUGAAGAAAGCCUCCCAGAAAGAACUUUACCAGAUCAUGGAUAUAGAGGGAGUGGGUUGCCUACUGCAAAGUAAUCCUAAUCAACACAAGAAUUUUAUUCAAAGUCUGAGUCUUCUCAAGAGUGCAGUUAAUAAGAGAAGGAAGAAGGUACGUGCGCUUUAGUGAUAGUUUGUGGUAUGAAGCGCUUUACUGGUAGUAAAUAUUAAUUAUAAAGACUGAUGGAGGAGAUAUACGAUAGGUUUUUCUGUUCACAUAUCUAAUAUU